UCAGCUGUGAAGAAGAAGAAGAAGAAUCUGUGACAGCAACUAUACGUAAAUACAGCGUCUCAGUCAUAGAUAAACAAGCACCGAAAAAGGAAUAAAAUUUACUUGUGCAAAGUCAUUCGACUGCGACCUAAAUUAAAUUAGAUUAAAUACUGCAAAGGAAAAGAAAACAAAUAAAAAAUGUCGACUGCCGUGCGACAUGAUUGGUACCAAACGGAGGAAAAGGUUGUGGUAAAUGUGAUGAUAAAGAAGGCCGAAGAGCUGAACUGUAAAGUAACAAUAGAACCAGACCGCUUGCUGAUUGAAGCUGAUGGUGAUAUUCGGCUGGAGUUUCAUCUGUGCCAGUCGAUCAAUGCUGAAAAAUCAUUCUUCAAAUUCGGAUCUGUUAAAGUAGAGGUCACGCUAAUGAAAUUGAUUGGUCAACGCUGGGCUGAUUUAACAAAAGAAAAAGCCGAAACAAAACCGGAAAUAGUCAACAUUUACAAACAGAAUUGGGACUCGCUAGCUAAAUCUAUCGAACAAGAAAAAGCUGAGGGUGACGAGGCGUUAAAUGAACUGUUCCAAAAAAUCUACAAGGACGCUUCACCGGAGGUGCGUCGUGCGAUGAAUAAAUCAUUUCAGGAAUCGAACGGAACGGUCUUGAGCACGAACUGGGCAGAGGUUGGUGCACAGAAAACGGACACGAAGCCGCCAGAUGGAACCGAGUUUGUAAGCUGGAAAGAUGCAUAAGUCAUGAGCACAAUUAAUUCGAUCUUCGCAAACUCAAUGCAGUCGUAAAUUUUCUUUCAUUUUUUUUUUUUUGCUGAAAUUUGUUACUUGUACUGAUUGAAUGUUCGUGGUUUGCAAAUGGUCAAGGUAGUCUGACGAGAAAG